AUGUCCAGAGUCAACUACGCCGAUCUCGAGAAAGGAAACUUCUCCGAUGACCUGUACGACUCUUAUGAUGAAGAAUCCCACUCUCGCAAAUCCAAGGACGACGACUACGCUUAUGGAGGGCCAAAUCCUAGAAAGAGGAAGCAACCUACCAAGAAGCCAAGAACCACCAACGACAAUCUCCAGACCGCAGCAGUGCGUAAAAGCAAAGUAGACAAUGCCAUUGAUGUGGUGAAUCAGCAACUCAGUGACGAAGAGUUCUCCGAUGACCAGUUGGUGGAGCUUACGCCAGAAGUGCCAAAAGAUUAUGUUCCUGAUGCUGUGUCCAAGGUGUUUGGUCGCCUGGACUUUCUGUACUUGAAGUUGAAGCCAGAUCACUUUUCGCGUCCCAUUUGGAUCUCUCCUACCGAUGGCCGUAUCAUUUUGGAGUCGUUCUCGCCUUUAGCUGAGCAAGCCCAAGAUUUCUUGAUCACAGUGGCCGAACCCAGAUCCAGACCGUCACAUAUGCAUGAAUACUCCAUCACCUUGUACUCAUUGUAUGCUGCUGUGUCUGUGGGUCUUGAAACGGACGAUAUCGUGGCUGUUUUGAACCGAUUGUCAAAGACUCCCGUACCGGAGUCAUUCCUCAAGUUUAUCAGAGACGCUACCGUCAAGUUUGGUAAGGUCAAGCUUGUCUUGAAACAUAACAGAUACUUUGUAGAAUCGACUCAGGCGGACAUCUUGCAAAUGCUUUUGAAAGAUCCUGUGAUUGGUCCAUUGAGAGUCCAGGGCGACCAUAAUAAAGACUUGCUACAGUCUAGUGCUCCGAGCCAGGGUGAUCUUGUUAUUCCUGGAACUAAAAAGCCCGACGGAUCUGAACCAAAACCAGAUGGGACUGUCGAGGAUAUUUUUGCAUCGGUGGUGGGGAAAAAGGCCGAGGAUGAAGAUGACGAUGACCUCGAUACCGUUCAUCUGUUUGAGAUUGCCAGUGAAUCUGUUGAAAUUGUCAAGAAACGAUGUUAUGAGAUCGAGUACCCUGUGCUAGAAGAAUACGAUUUCCGUAACGACGACCGAAACGCCAAUCUCGAUAUUGAUUUGAAGCCAUCUACGCAAAUCAGACCCUACCAGGAGAAAUCGCUUUCCAAGAUGUUCGGCAAUGGUCGUGCCAGAUCGGGAGUGAUUGUUUUGCCCUGUGGAGCCGGGAAGACGUUGGUGGGAAUCACCGCUGCAUGUACCAUCAAGAAAUCUGUCAUUGUUCUUUGCACGUCAUCUGUGUCGGUGAUGCAAUGGAGACAGCAGUUUUUGCAAUGGUGUACGAUUCAGCCAGAGAAUGUGGCUGUUUUCACAUCGGAAAACAAGGAGAUGUUUAGUAGUGAAGCUGGUUUGGUGGUUUCUACUUACUCCAUGGUUGCUAACACUAGAAACAGAUCUCACGACUCUCAGAAGGUCAUGGAUUUCUUGACUGGUAGAGAGUGGGGUUUCAUUAUUUUGGACGAGGUGCACGUUGUGCCUGCUGCCAUGUUCAGACGUGUGGUCAGUACUAUUGCUGCUCAUGCUAAGUUGGGUCUUACGGCUACAUUGGUGCGUGAAGAUGAAAAGAUUUAUGACUUGAAUUUCUUGAUUGGUCCAAAAUUGUAUGAGGCCAACUGGAUGGAACUUGCUCAGAAGGGCCACAUUGCCAAUGUUCAGUGUGCGGAGGUGUGGUGUCCCAUGACAGCAGAAUUCUACCAGGAAUAUCUUCGGGAAUCCGCACGUAAGAGAAUGCUUCUUUACAUCAUGAACCCCACAAAAUUCCAAGCUUGUCAAUUUUUGAUACAUUACCACGAGAAAAGAGGAGACAAGAUCAUUGUGUUCAGUGACAAUGUUUAUGCUCUUCAAGAGUAUGCACUCAAGUUAGGUAAGCCAUUUAUCUAUGGAUCCACUCCUCAACAGGAAAGAAUGACCAUCUUGCAAAACUUCCAGCAUAAUGAGCAGGUGAAUACGAUUUUCUUGUCCAAGGUCGGAGAUACCUCCAUCGAUUUGCCUGAAGCCACUUGCUUGAUCCAGAUUUCAUCGCACUAUGGAUCUAGAAGACAAGAAGCACAAAGAUUGGGUCGUAUUUUGCGAGCCAAAAGACGUAACGAUGAAGGUUUCAAUGCUUUUUUCUACUCGCUAGUGUCGAAAGAUACUCAGGAAAUGUACUAUUCUACCAAAAGACAGGCGUUUUUGGUCGACCAGGGUUAUGCUUUCAAGGUGAUCACACAUUUGAGUGGUAUGGAGAAUCUUCCCGAUCUUGCAUAUGCUACCGCCAGAGAGCGGCGGGAGUUGCUUCAGCAGGUAUUGUUGAAGAACGAAGAUGCUGCUGGCGUGGAGGUUGGAGAUGAUGAAGACACCAAUUUCAUGCCUAAAAGACUCAAACAGGAGGCAAGUAGUGCAGCCAGAAGUGCUGGAUCGCUUGCCGGGUUGGCAGGAGGAGAGGACAUGGCGUACAUCGAGUACAGCAAGAACAAGAACAAGGAGUUGCGUGAACAGCAGCACCAUCCAUUGAUCCAGAAGAUGUAUUACAAAAAGAAAAAGUAA